AAGUACCUUUUAAAGACCUAUAAUACAAUGCUGAGUGACAGUGAGGCUGACGACCUUCUAAAAUUCCUCCAGCUGGACAUCCGGGCAGAUGUUAAGGGCCAGGCCACAGAGUACGUCCUUGGCCUGACGGGGACACGAGAUGGCUGUUGUUACCUGCGGACGAAGCCGCUCUUCCUUAAGGCUUUGGUCACACUCACAGCAGAUCUCUCUAUCGCUAUUGUAAAGGACUGUUAUCAUGCCCUGGUCAACCUUUCAGCCGAUGAAAAACUUCACAAGCCCUUGAUAAAGGAGGCGGACAUUCUUACUGUGCUGGUGAGACACCUUGUGGACUCGCAGUAUGAGUUCUCUGACCGUGUCUGCACCAUCCUCACCAACCUGUCCAGGCAUAAAAAGACCUGUGUGGAGGUGUUCCAUGCACUGCAGGAGCAGAUUGGUCUGGCUAAAUUGGUUGAGAUCUUCUGCACUGAAUGUUUUAACAAAAAAGCAUCACUGCACUAUCUGGGACCCCUGCUGUCCAACUUCACGCAGCUGCCAGAGGCCAGGCAGUUCAUCCUGGAUAAAGAAAGGUGUGUUAUACAGAGGCUCGUGUCCUACACACAGUAUAAGGCAUCAGUUACCAGGCGGGGUGGAGUGGUGGGCACUCUCAGAAACUGCUGUUUUGACUACAAAUACCAUGAGUGGUUGUUGAGUGAUGCUGUGGAUAUUUUACCCUUCCUGCUGUUACCACUAGCUGGUCCAGAGGAGCUGUCUGAAGAGGAAAAUGAAGGUCUGCCUGUGGAUCUGCAGUACCUUCCUGAGGACAAAGCACGAGAAGAAGACCCAGACAUCCGUAAGAUGCUUAUUGAGACAUUACUGCUGCUUACAGCCACCAGAGUGGGACGACAGAUAAUGAAUAAGAAAAACGUCUAUCCCAUCAUGAGAGAGUUCCAUAAAUGGGAAAAGGAUCCAGUAGUGGUCUCCGCUUGUGAGAAACUUGUCCAGGUUCUGAUCGGGGAUGAGCCAGAGGCAGGGUUAGAAAACCUGAUGGAGGUUGAGAUCCCAGAGGAUGUAGAGCAGAAACUGAAGGACCAGGAUGUGAAAGAGCAGGAGCAAAUUGAGAAGGAGAAACAAGAGCAGCUCGCUGCGGAAGCCGAGAAGUGUCCAAACUCCUGUCCAGAAGGCCUGGAAAGAUAAAUGGCCAAAAGAAAAAUGGACGCAUUUUAAUCACAGACUCAUUUUAUUGACCCCAUAUACCAAAAAUGAAUUCUUAUAUCUGGGUUAUGGUUGCAGGGCUUCUUUAAAAAGAUUUCAAUGCAGAAGAUGAAUCUUUCAAUUUUAAAUCAGAAAGUAUGGUCCACUUUAUUUAAAUUAAUAUACAUUCAAUUCAGCAUUUCAGACCUGCAACACAUUCCAAUUCCAAAAAUGUUGGGACAGUAAAGCAUUUACCACUUUGGAAGGUUGCCAACUCCAAAUAUGUUUUGGCACCAAGGAUACCAAGUGUUUCAGGUGUUGUUUUGUCCCAUUCUUCCACAGAAGUGCCAUUUGUGAAUAUAACUUCAUACUGUAGUGCUUGACAAACAUUUAUGAAACAUGUAAUCUCUUGCCCAUGUGGUUAUAUCAGCUAUUGUUGAGUGGUGGUUCUUGAUUCAGUGCUGUCUAAGAGAUCGGAGAUCGCGGUGCAGCUUUGGCUUGCGCCCUUGGCCUAACAGUGAUGUUGGAUUAGAAUGCAUGGCUUGCAAUUUAGGGUUAAGUCAUCCUGAAAGUAUUCAGGGGGUUAAAUUGAGGGCUUUUUGCAGGGCACAAAAGUUUCUCUCUACCAAACUUUGUGUGCAGGGGGACAGUCAUUCUGGAACAAGAAAGGGCCUUUCCCAAACUGUAGCCUUAAAAUUCAAUGCCUGUAAUUUUAUCUAAUUUGAUUUGUACAUCUGUAAGCAAUGGGAAAGGCUAAAGCAUGUAAUCUUAAUAAUAAUCUUAAUAAUUUGGAGGAUGCCUACAUACUUUUGGCUAUUUGGUACAUCAUAUAAGCAGUAUUUAAAACUAGUGGUGAUUUGUUAAACCAACUGAAUGCAAUUUUGUCACGUGAUUAGUUUCAUUUGUGGGAUAAUAGUCAAUCCAACUUAAGUGAUAGUUGCUUAUUGUAAUACAAUUUAAAU